AGCUGAUAGCUCGAUUCGAAUUCGAGAACCUGAAUCAGCAAAUAGCAAAAGUUUUGCUUUGUAAUCGUCAACAUUUUCACUUUCUAGCCGAAUAAUUUUGGUUUAUUUGUUUGGGAUCUUUGCUAAUUUGUUUGUAUUUUCUUAAUCACAUCCAACCAUGGUUCGUGAGAGUACUAUGAUAUGUGUGGAUAACAGCGACUACAUGCGUAAUGGCGACUUCAUUCCAACUCGAUUGCAGGCGCAACAAGAUGCCGUCAACCUCGUUUGCCAUUCAAAGACUAGAGCUAAUGCUGAGAACAAUGUUGGACUUCUCACACUAGCCAAUGUGGAAGUUUUGGCUACGCUGACUUCAGAUGUGGGUCGAAUUCUGUCCAAGUUGCAUAAGGUUCAGGCAAAUGGCAAUAUUAAUCUGCUCACUGGAAUCAGAAUUGCCCAUUUGGCUCUAAAGCACAGGCAGAGCAAGGAGCAUAAGAUGCGUAUCGUGCUGUUUGUCGGAAGUCCCAUCGAGGCCGAAGAGAAAGAGCUGACCAAGCUGGCCAAACGCCUCAAAAAGGAGAAGGUCAACGUUGACAUUGUCAGCUUCGGUGAAGAGGUCACUGGAUCGUCAACUGUCGUUGAAAAG